UGUCCAGGGAGAAGGGUGUGAAAAUGGGGAGGGAACCCUCUUUCGUCAAUAGGUAACCCCUCUAAAACCUCUCCACCUCUCUCGACCCAGCCCUCUCUCUUUUCUGCCUCCACUUACCCAAAUCUCAUUACGAGCCUCCGCGCUGCUCAGGCUGUGAUAGCGGUGUCCAACAGGCAGAGAUGCCGGGUGUGGGAUUCGUGAGGGUGGCUGUGCUGUGCGCUCUGGUUGCGCAAAACUGCCGUGCGGAGCUCACGACUCCCGUGCAGGACCCGAAACUCGUGCCCGAAUCCUCCCUGCUCAAGCCUAAAGUCAUGAUCGCGAUUCUGGCUCGGAAUGCGGCGCACAGCCUGCCGUACUACCUGGGCUGCAUUGACAGACUGGACUACCCGAAGGAUCGGAUUGCGAUAUGGGCUGCAACAGAUCACAAUGUGGAUAACACCACUGCCAUGCUGAGAGAAUGGUUGAAGAACAGGCAGAGCAGAUAUCAUUAUGUGGAGUGGAGGCCCAUGGAGGAACCAAGGUCAUACACAGAUGAGUGGGGGCCGAAGCACUGGGCCCCGUCUCGUUUCAACCAUCUGAUGAAGCUCAGACAGGCAGCACUGAAGGCUGCACGAGAACGCUGGGCUGAUUAUAUACUGUUUGUUGACAGUGAUAACCUACUAACAAACCCACGGGUGUUAGAUCUAUUGAUGGCAGAGAAUUUGACAUUGGUGGCACCCAUGUUGGAUUCCCGAUCCCUCUACUCAAACUUCUGGUGUGGUAUUACUCCUCAGGGUUAUUACAAGCGUACCCCAGACUACCAGCCUAUCCGGGAAUGGAAGCGUUUGGGGUGUUUUUCGGUGCCCAUGGUGCAUUCCACCUUCCUUCUGGAUCUGAGACGUAGUGGCACACGGGAGCUGGCCUUCUACCCACCUCAUCCUGACUACAGCUGGGCGUUUGACGAUAUCAUGGUCUUUGCAUUCUCGGCUCGACAAGCUGGUGUACAGAUGUACGUGUGUAACAGAGAGCACUACGGUUUCCUGCCUGUACCUCUGAAAGCCCAGCAAAGUGUGGACGAUGAGAAGGAGAGUUUCACACACACUAUCACUGAAGCCUUUAUCGAUCAUAAUGUAAAAUCCUCAGAAUUCCUCUUCGCUCCUCUUAAACCCCAGGACAAGAUGGGCUUUGAUGAGAUCUUUCUUAUUAACCUGAAACGAAGGUUAGACCGGAGGGAGCGGAUGUUGAACACCCUGGCAGUGCUGGGACUUGAGGCCUCUGUGUUUUAUGCUGUAGAUGGGAAGGCUCUGAACACAUCUCAGCUACAAGCUCUACAUAUAGAGAUGUUACCGGGGUAUAAGGAUCCAUACUCCGGGAGGGUGCUGACGCGCGGAGAGAUCGGCUGUUUCCUCAGCCACCACUUCAUCUGGAAACAGGUGGUGGAGAGGGGUCUACAGCGUGUGCUGGUGUUGGAGGAUGACGUGAGAUUUGAGCCUCGGUUUAAGGGGAGGUUGCAGAUCAUCAUGGAGGAUGUUGAAAAAGCUCAGCUGGACUGGGACCUCGUAUAUGUGGGUCGUAAGCGAAUGCAGGUGGCCAAGCCAGAGGUGUCCGUAGAAGGUGUGAAUAACCUGGUAGAAGCUGAUUACUCAUACUGGACUCUAGGUUACGCUCUUUCACAGCAGGGGGCCAAGAAGCUCCUGGCUGCUCAGCCACUUGGCAAGAUGCUCCCUGUGGAUGAGUUCCUACCAGUCAUGUUCAACAAACACCCAAAUACGGCAUACAUGUCUCACUUUGAUCCCAGGAAUCUACUUGCUUUCUCUGUUGAGCCAUUGCUGUUGUACCCAACACAUUAUACGGGUGAGCCGGGUUACUUCAGCGACACGGAGACAUCUACUAUUUGGGAUGAUGAAGCAGUCAGCACGGACUGGGACAGAAAAUAUGCCCAAAAAACUGCCCAGCAGGGACAAAUACGCUCUGUCGCCCAGAACAGUGUCACCGGAGACACACCGCCACCUGCGUCCCGAGCCUCGCGUGAUGAACUCUAAGAGGAGAAAUCACACACCCAUAAACACACAAUUUUGAACUACACAACUGACUGACACAUAGACAGCUCCCUCCUCAAUGUCCACCAGUCCCCGCCUCUUUGGCGACACAUCAGCCAAUAGCAUGACAGCUAUUUAUUUCAUCAUGCCUUCCACAGACAUUGAGGGACCAAACUGUCCCUGUUGGACACUUAAAAGCCUUGUCGGAUGAGAACACCAUACAAGGACAGGACAGAGACCGACUCAUGGGAGUUACAACAUUUGGGUUUAAAAGAACAAUACCUGUGCAGAGGAAUUUUUAUUUAAAAAUGUUUGUUUUUUUAUAUAUAUGGUUUUAUGUUGUAAAUAACAGAUAUGAUUUAAGGGCAGUGUAAGAAAUAAAAGAAUCCUAUAGCCUUUCACUAUUUUCAAACCAAGUAAACGUCAAACAAUUGCUCAGUCAUGAAAAUUGCGAAAAGCUAAAUGGAUAUUGCAAGCAGUUGGCAUUGUGCUCUUCAUGAUAAAGAGUAUCAUUAAAAUCUCUUGUAAAUGCCAUUUAUGUGUACAGUAUUAUGUUAAGGAGCCUAAAAUUAAGAGGUAUUGGAGAAAAUAUUACCCACAUUUUAAGUACUCCCUUUACCAAACUGCUUAAAUAUGUCCUUUCUUGUUCUGGACCAAUGUAGAAAAAGCAUAUCUUUGCAUUCAGUUUACAACUGCAUCUAGAACAUGUUAAAUUGUCAUGGAAGGAGAGAGUUUAACUGAUUUAUACAUAUAUAUAUAUAUAUAUAUGUUUCUCAUGAUCUUAAAAACCUUUUGAUCUGAAGGUGUAUGCGUAAAUACAAAAAUAUAAUUGUGCCACCAUAUUAAUUUAUUUCGCUAUAAAAUUCAAAUUUAAUAAUAAAAAAAAAGGUUUUUGAAAUUGAUGACUUGGACCAAAUAAUAAAGAAAAGCAGCCAAUAAGUGCCCAGCAUAUAGAUUGGAACUCCUUCAAUACUGUUUAAAAAUCAUCCCAGGGUGAUACCUCAAGAAUUUGGUUGAGAAAAUGUCAAGAGUACAUGUCUGCAAAUUCUAGGCAAAGGGUGACUACUUUGAAGAUGCUAAAAUAUAACACAGUUUUGAAUUAUUUUGGAUUUUGUUUAGUCACAACAUAAUUCCCAUAGUUCCAUUUAUUUUAUUCCAUAGUUUUGAUGACUGUAUUAUUUUAAAAUGUGAUUUUUUUUUUUUUUUUUUUUUUUU